AUGAGUGAGGAGGGAUCGUCAGACAACUCUCUUCUGCAAAAGAAAGAGGGCGAGUUUACGGAUUAUUCAGCCAAACAUGCGAAGUUGGCGCCUCACUUUCUUGGAUUACACACUGUGGAUCGGGCAGAAGACUCGCCAUUGAAGGACUUUGUGGUAUCCCAUGGUGGGCAUACUGUUAUAUCGAAGGUGCUGAUUGCGAACAAUGGUAUUGCUGCUGUGAAAGAGAUCCGGUCGGUGAGGAAAUGGGCAUAUGAAACAUUUGGCGAUAGAUCUAUGAUUCAAUUCGUGGUGAUGGCUACUCCUGAGGACUUGGAGGCCAAUGCUGAGUAUAUCCGUAUGGCUGAUCAAUACGUAGAGGUUCCUGGAGGCACCAACAAUAACAACUAUGCGAAUGUCGAUUUGAUUGUAGACAUUGCAGAGCGGGCAGAUGUAGAUGCUGUAUGGGCCGGUUGGGGGCAUGCUUCCGAAAACCCGUUACUUCCAGAAAAGUUAGCACUUUCAAAGAGAAAGGUGCUGUUCAUUGGACCUCCGGGGAGUGCGAUGAGGGCUCUUGGUGAUAAAAUAUCCUCCACAAUCGUUGCGCAGAACGCAAAAGUACCAUGUAUUCCGUGGUCCGGUACCGGUGUUGAUGAAGUGUUCAUUGAUCCACAGAGUGGGCUGGUUUCUGUUACGGACGAUGUUUACCAAAAGGGCUGUUGCUCUUCACCACAGGACGGUUUAAUGAAGGCUAGAAAAAUAGGUUACCCAGUCAUGAUAAAAGCAUCGGAGGGCGGUGGUGGUAAAGGUAUCCGAAAAGUAGAGCAUGAAAAAGAUUUUCUUUCUCUAUACGAUCAAGCUACUAAUGAAGUUCCUGGUUCUCCAAUUUUUGUGAUGAAGGUUGCCGGUAGAGCUCGGCAUUUGGAAGUUCAAUUGUUAGCUGACCAAUAUGGUACAAAUAUUUCUUUGUUUGGCCGUGAUUGUUCCGUUCAAAGGCGUCAUCAGAAGAUUAUUGAAGAAGCACCAGUUACAGUAGCUAAACCUGAGACUUUCACUGAAAUGGAGAAAGCAGCUAUAAGAUUAGGGAAAUUAGUGGGUUAUGUUUCAGCUGGUACUGUUGAAUAUCUUUAUUCGCAUGAGAAUGACAAGUUUUACUUCUUGGAACUAAAUCCAAGGCUACAAGUGGAGCAUCCAACGACUGAGAUGGUCAGCGGCGUUAACUUACCAGCAGCACAAUUACAAAUCGCAAUGGGUAUACCACUACACAGAAUUAGAGACAUUAGACUGCUUUAUGGUCUUGAUACUCAUACAGCAACGGAGGUUGAUUUUGAGUUUUCUUCUAUCGAAUCGCUGCAAACUCAAAGAAGGCCCACCCCUAAGGGCCACUGCACUGCUUGCCGUAUAACUUCCGAAGAUCCCAAUGAAGGCUUCAGACCUUCUGGUGGUUCAUUACAUGAGUUAAAUUUCCGUUCUUCUUCCAAUGUUUGGGGUUACUUUUCCGUUGGUAGCAAUGGUGGUAUUCACUCUUUCUCAGACUCUCAAUUUGGACAUAUAUUUGCUUUUGGUGAAAACAGACAAUCUUCGAGAAAACAUAUGGUUGUCGCUUUAAAGGAGUUAUCUAUUAGAGGUGACUUUAGGACUACUGUCGAAUACUUGAUUAAGCUUUUGGAAACUGAAGAUUUUGAGGAUAACGCUAUCACUACUGGUUGGCUGGAUGAUUUGAUAUCUCAAAAGAUAUCAGCCGAAAAGCCAGAUCCAACAUUAGCGGUAAUUUGUGGUGCAGCAACUAAAGCUCACCUCGUUUCAGAAAAUGCACUACAAGAGUACUCCUCCUAUUUGAAGAGAGGACAGGUUCCAAACAAGAGUAUGCUACAUACUAUGUUUCCUGUCGAAUUCAUUCACGAAGGUAAAAGAUACAAAUUUAGUGUCGCCAAAUCGGCGGAUGAUCGAUAUACACUAUUUAUAAAUGGUUCUAAGUGUGAAGUGGGUCUUCGCAAGCUAUCCGAUGGAGGGCUAUUAAUUGCAAUUGGCGGUAAGUCGCAUACUGUUUACUGGAAAGAGGAGGUUGAAGCCACAAGAUUAUCUAUUGAUCAACAGACUACAUUGUUAGAGGCCGAAAAUGACCCAACACAACUACGUACCCAUUCUCCGGGAAAAUUGAUAAAGUUCCUUGUGGAGAGUGGCGACCAUCUUGAUUUGGGUCAGCCAUAUGCUGAAGUUGAGGUUAUGAAGAUGCAAAUGCCGUUACUUGCCCAAGAAAGCGGUAUUGUUCAACUCUUAAAGCAACCUGGUUCUACCAUUUCUGCCGGGGACAUCCUAGCAAUAUUGACUUUGGAUGAUCCAUCCAAAGUUAAACAUGCCCUUCCAUUCGAAGGUAUGCUACCUUCAUUGGGUGCUCCAAAAAUCGAAGGUACAAAGCCUGCGUAUAAAUUCAGAUCAUUAGUCUCUACAUUGGAAAAUGUCUUGAAGGGUUAUGAUAAUCAAGUGGUUAUGAAUGCUUCAUUACAAAAAUUAAUAGAAGUGUUGAGAGAUCCUGAGUUGCCAUAUUCUGAAUGGAACAUGCAGGUAUCUGCGUUGCAUUCGAGAUUACCUGCAACUUUGUAUCAUCAGGUGGAUCAACUAGUUGAACGGUACCACAAACGUUCUGCUGCUUUCCCCGCCAAACAGUUGGAUAAAAUUUUGUCAAAUUCUCUAAAUGAAUAUAAUUCAGAUCCUCUCUUUGAAAAGGUUAUAGAGCCAUUAAUGGACAUUACUAGGCGUUAUAGAGAUGGAUCACAGUCCCAUGAACAUUCAGUGUUGGCAAGCUUCUUAGAAAAGUAUUAUUCUGUUGAAAAAUUAUUUUCAGGUUCCAACAUGCGUGAAGAGGAUGUUAUACUCAAAUUACGUGAUGAGCAUAUUAAUGACUUGGAUAAAGUUGUAAUGACAGUUUUAUCUCAUUCUCGUGUUUCUGCAAAAAACAAUUUGAUUUUAGCAAUUUUAAAACACUACCAACCGCUAUGCAAACUGUCUUCUGAGGUAGCUGCAGCUCUCUCAGGACCAUUGAAGCACAUAAUUUCUUUGGAAUCGAAGUCCACUGCCAAGGUUGCACUACAAGCCAGGGAAAUUUUAAUACAAGGUUCCUUGCCCUCUGUUAAAGAGAGAACUGAACAAUUGGAGCAUAUUUUGAAGACUUCGGUGGUAAAACCCACAUAUGGUUCUUCGGAGCCCACCCGUGCAGAACCAGACCUUGACGUUUUGAAGGAUUUAAUAGAUUCCAACUAUGUUGUAUUUGAUGUGUUGCCGCAAUUCUUAAACCAUAAAGAUAAGUCUUUAGCCGCUGCGGCUGCGGAGGUCUACAUUCGCCGUGCUUAUAGAGUUUAUACGAUUGGCGAUAUCAAAAAGCACAACAGUUUUGAUAGUCCCAUAGUGGAAUGGAAAUUCCAGUUACCGUCUGCAGCUUUUACCUCAAAACCACAACUAACUUCCAAAUUGGGUAUUCAAAGAGCAGUUUCUAUCUCUGACCUAUCCUAUAUUUCUGAAAAUGAAAAUCAACCCUUGAGAACUGGUCUUUUAAUCCCUGCAGCUCACUUGGACGAUGUUGACGCUAGUUUAGCAAGUGCAUUGUGUGUUAUACCUGCCCAAAACAACUUAUCGGGCCCUGCUCGAGAUAGGUCUGGUCCUAACCCAACAUUGUCAAAUGUGAUUAACGUUAUUAUUUCAUCCACACAAGGUUAUUCCUCAGAUGAUGAGAUUUUAAAGCGGUUGGUAGAGAUAUUGGAAGUGAAUAAAAAGGAUUUAAUUGCGUCAUCCAUUCGCCGCAUCACUUAUAUAUUCGGAUACAAGGAUGGUUCUUACCCAAAGUACUACACCUUUAGAGGUUCUGAUUAUGCUGAAGAUAAAAAAAUUCGUCACAUCGAACCCGCUUUAGCGUUCCAAUUAGAAUUGGGUAGAAUGUCGAAUUUCAAUAUAAAACCAAUUUUUACUGAAAAUAGGAAUAUACAUGUUUAUGAGGCCAUUGGAAAAAACUCCCCAGUUGAUAAACGGUUCUUUACUAGGGGUAUUAUCAGAACGGGUCGUAUUCGUGAUAACGUCACUAUUCAGGAAUAUUUAACUUCAGAAGCAAACCGGUUGAUGAGUGAUAUUCUGGAUAAUCUAGAGGUAAUCGAUACUUCAAAUUCAGACUUAAACCAUAUCUUCAUUAACUUUUCUGCGGUUUUCGAUGUUUCUCCUGAUGAUGUCGAGGCUGCCUUUGGUGGUUUCUUGGAGCGGUUCGGUAAGAGGUUAUUGCGUUUACGUGUCGCAGCAGCAGAAAUUCGUAUUAUGAUUAAGGAUCCGCAGACGGGUACACCAGUUCCAUUAAGAGCUUUGAUAAACAAUGUAUCAGGUUAUGUGGUUAAGACUGAAUUAUAUACUGAGGUGAAGAACGCUCAUGGAGAGCAGAUUUUCAAGUCCCUUGAUAAACCAGGGUCGAUGCACUUGAGACCAAUAGCUACCCCAUAUCCAGCUAAAGAAUGGUUACAACCGAAACGAUACAAGGCCCAUUUAAUGGGGACCACUUACGUUUAUGAUUUCCCAGAGUUAUUCCGCCAGGUUACUGUUAGUCAAUGGAAACAACAUUCCCCCCAAACUACAUUAAGUGAUGACUUCUUCAUUUCCAACGAGUUAAUAUUCGAUGAAAAUGGCGAACUAACAGAGGUGGAUAGGGAGCCUGGUGCAAAUAAUAUUGGAAUGGUUGCCUUUAAAGUCACUGUAAAAACGCCUGAAUAUCCACAUGGGCGUCAAUUUGUCAUAAUUGCCAAUGAUAUCACCCAUAUGAUUGGUUCUUUCGGUCCGCAAGAGGACGAAUUUUUUUACAAGGUGACAGCGUAUGCUAGGAAACGUGGUAUUCCAAGAAUUUAUUUAUCUGCCAAUUCCGGUGCCAGAAUUGGUAUUGCUGAAGAAAUAAUCCCAUUAUUUCAAGUUUCGUGGGUGGAACCUGGCAAUCCGGCUAAAGGUUUUGAUUACUUAUAUUUAACUUCAAAGACUAUGGAGGAGCUAAAGAGACAGGGCAAGGAAAACAUUGUAAUUACUGAACGUGUUGUUGAACAUGGUGAACCAAGAUUUGUAAUUAAGGCUAUCAUUGGAUCGGAAGAUGGAUUAGGUGUCGAAUGUUUGCGAGGCUCAGGUUUGAUCGCAGGUGCCACUUCCAAGGCAUAUAAGGAUAUUUUUACCCUAACUCUAGUAACCUGUAGAUCUGUUGGUAUUGGUGCUUACUUGGUUAGAUUGGGCCAAAGGGCAAUUCAAGUUGAAGGCCAGCCGAUUAUUUUAACUGGUGCCCCUGCCAUCAAUAAAGUUUUGGGUAAGGAAGUUUAUUCGUCUAAUUUACAGUUGGGUGGUACUCAAAUCAUGUAUAACAACGGUGUCUCGCAUUUAACAGCUCAGGACGACUUGGCUGGUGUUAGGAAGAUCAUGGAAUGGCUAUCCUACGUACCAGCAAAGCGUAAUAUGCCCGUUCCAAUCCUAGAAUCCGAUGAUAAAUGGGACAGAGAUGUUGAAUAUAGUCCAACGUUGCAGCAGCCUUAUGAUGUCAGGUGGAUGAUCGAGGGUCGCAAUUCUGACAACGGCUAUGAAUAUGGUUUGUUUGAUAAGGGAUCAUUCCAAGAAACCCUUUCAGGUUGGGCUAAAGGGGUUGUAGUGGGUAGGGCUCGACUAGGUGGCAUUCCGCUAGGUGUCAUAUCUGUUGACACAAGAACUUUUGAAACUUUAGUUCCUGCAGAUCCUGCUAAUCCUGACUCUAUUGAAAUGUUAGUGCAGGAGGCUGGCUCUGUUUGGUAUCCGAACUCUGCAUUUAAAACUGCACAAGCCAUUAAUGAUUUUAAUCACGGUGAACAGCUACCUUUAAUGAUUCUAGCGAACUGGAGGGGGUUUUCAGGUGGACAAAGAGAUAUGUACAAUGAAGUUUUGAAAUAUGGCGCAUUCAUAGUGGAUGCCCUUGUUGAUUAUAAACAACCAAUAUUUGUUUACAUCCCUCCAACUGGAGAAUUGAGAGGUGGUUCUUGGGUGGUUGUUGAUCCUACUAUAAACAGUGACCAAAUGGAAAUGUAUGCUGAUGUAGAGUCCAGGGCUGGUGUUUUAGAACCUGAAGGAAUGGUUGGGAUUAAAUAUCGUAGAGAGAAAUUGUUAAACACAAUGUCCAGGUUGGAUAAACAAUAUAGGUCCCUCAAGGAUCAGCUUGCUGAUUCUUCAUUGAGCUCAGAGCAACAUCAGGAAUUGGCAAAGCAAUUGGCAGCCCGUGAAAAGCACUUAUUACCUAUUUAUCAACAGAUAACUGUUCAGUUUGCUGGAUUACAUGAUAAAUCUGGUCGUAUGAUGGCCAAGGGUGUCAUUAGAAAGGAGUUGGAAUGGUCUAAUUCUCGUCGUUUCUUCUUCUGGAGAUUAAGAAGACGACUAAACGAAGAGUAUUUACUCAGAAAACUAGAUUCUUCACUACCGCAUGCAGCCAGGUUGGAAAAAAUUGCGAGGUUGAGAUCCUGGUAUCCAACGUCUUUGGACCAAGAAGAUGAUCAGAAUGUCGCCAUUUGGAUCGAGAACAACUACCAAGUUUUAGAAAAACAACUGCAGUCUUUGAAGUCAGAAUCAUUUGCCCAAAAUCUUGCGAAGUCCAUUAGAAGUGAUCAUAGUAAUGCAAUCGCAGGCUUGGCUGAGGUAUUGAAGCUAUUGUCCUCCAAAGACAAGGAAGUUUUAUUGGAAAGUCUAAAAUAG